AUGUGAGGGGAUGCACUGAUUCAGCCUGAUACUUCAAACCCCGCAAUUUAGCAGGGAAGACCCCGCUUUGCUGUGGAGUCACGGAGGUUUACACAUUCCGUGACUCCGCACUCUAACGCAUUGCCACGUAACCGAUCCAUUAAAAUGCUUCUGAGAUUUGCUCUUUUCCCCCCCAAAUGUCUCCACCUGACCUAAAAGAAGAAAUAUAUUUUAUUGUUUUAAAUGUAUUUUUACUCGCAUUUUCCCAAAUAUUGAUUUGCAAAGACCAAACAAUGACGCAUUUACAUUUAUUUACUUUUGUUUUUAUACAGUGUGGCAUGAAACAUCCAGCCUUGAAUUUAAAUUAAAUUUUGGUUCAGUUCUGAUCAUAUUUUAUUUAUUUAUUUUUACCAGAUCUUGUUCAGUGUUGAUCUAAUGCUGCACAUUCCGGUCUGUACAGCAGCCUAAAUCCAAAACAGACAACCACAUCUCCACAUCCAAAAUCUGGAUCUGUAAUCCUCACAUAUUGUCCCACAUAUUUUAAGAAAGAAAAUUUCUCUUCUUUGCGGGCAGGGAGACUAUAUAACGACAGAAUUUUGCGGUGGCCUGUGAUUUCAUUCAUAUUCAAAUAUUUAAAACAAGAUUCAAUCUAUGAAUACAACUGGAAAAUGGGAGCUCUGCUAUGAAAUCAGAGAAAACACUCAAAAAACAGAGAUCACAAGGAUUUGUUUUUUUUUUCCCAGGCUUCACCUCACCACCGUUUGGGUUGAACAUUUUGACAGGCCGAGACUAACACCCUGCCCUGGACCAGCUUUCAAGGCUGCGUCCUUUUAAAGGCCAGAUAAGCAACAAUAUCAGUCCAACUGGAAUAAAAUUGAAAAUUAUACAGCCUGGGUUUUCAAGUGCUUAAAAUGCAAUUCUGUUUAGAAUUCGUUUUAAACUGUAUGCAGGCAAUUAUAGUCAGCCUGGAUCAUUUCUAGCAUGUGGUAAAUUAUUUUUUGUCGCAAUAACUGAGAAAUUAUGUAUUAGUUAAACAGAUUUUAUUUAAAAUUUUCCCCACAAAACAGAUAAUUCUUCUGUCAUUUAACCUCAUGAGACCCAAGCUAACAUUUGAGCUCUCCCUCUACAUGUACUCACAGGGCCCCAUUAAGCAGCAUUAACUACAGUGGUAACAUAACUACAAACAUGAUGUCCAUGACGCCAGGUCUUGAGAGGUUAAGGUCAUCAUAUAUUUGUGCUUUUCGCCUUUUAGUCAAACACAGGGAAAGGGAGAUCUUAAAUGUAGAUUCAAUAUUAUUUUCGUUAAAGCUCAAAAAGUAGAAUGGUUUUGCGUUGGACACUCAAUUUAUUUGUUAACGUUUUCCUAAACCAGACCUUGUUCUGCUUUUGUCACUUUAUAAAAAGUGGGCAUCCAGCUCAUAUUUUAGUAGCACGUUAAAUACAAAUUAAUAAGAAAUUGUUUUAAAAUGAUGUGCUUUUACAUUUCAGUUUUGAAAAUAGCAAGUUGUGUUUAGUUUUUAUAUAAAGAAGCAAAAUAAUUCAUUAUUUCUGUCCUUGGAGUCUUUAGCAUGCAUUGUGAGUCAGACUUACCGUCUCCCCAUGAUCUUGGAACAUCAUCUGCCACUGUUUAUUAUUGCAGUGCACAAUGAAAACUGUAAUUUGAAAGCACAACACUCAUGGGAUGCCAAGAGACACCAGUUUAAGAGUUUAGAGGGUCACAUCAUGAGCAUGAACUGCCAGCUCCCAGUCUCUGAUUUCCCUUGUUCUUGUUGUCCUUGUGCCAGGGGUAUUGUCAAUGUGGCUUCCUCUUCCAACCUUCUUACCAAUUCCAAGAAUGUGCAGUUGGUCCUGGACCCAAGCCUCGCUCUACUGAGUCGUCGCCAGCGUCGACUAAUUCGGCAGAAUCCUGGCAUCUUGCACGCCAUUGCCGCUGGGCUGCACGCUGCCAUAAAGGAGUGCAAGUGGCAGUUCCGCAACCGCCGCUGGAACUGCCCGACCACCCACAGCCCGGCAAUUUUUGGCAAAAUUGUCAAUCGUGGUUGCCGUGAGACGGCAUUUGUAUUUGCCAUUACCAGCGCAGGAGUGACCCAUGCUGUGGCCCGAUCCUGCUCAGAGGGCUCCAUUGAGUCGUGUACAUGCGAUUAUCGUCGUCGAGGUCCCGGUGGGCCAGACUGGCAUUGGGGGGGCUGCAGUGACAACGUGGAGUUUGGUCGGGUGUUCAGCCGUGAGUUUGUGGACUCUAGUGAGAGGGGCAGAGAUCUGCGCUACCUCACCAACCUGCACAACAAUGAAGCAGGCAGAAUGAUUGUGUCAACAGAGAUGCAUCAGGAGUGUAAAUGCCAUGGCAUGUCAGGCUCUUGCACCGUGCGCACAUGUUGGAUGCGCCUACCCAGCUUUCGCACAGUGGGAGAUUUCCUCAAGGACCGCUUUGACGGAGCAUCCAGAGUUGUUUAUGCCAACAAGGGCAGCAACCGGGCCUCUCACCGAGCUGACCCAAGACAUCUAGAGCCAGAAAACCCAGCUCACAAGCCUCCUUCCACAAUGGACCUAGUCUAUUUUGAGAAGUCACCAAACUUCUGCUCCCACAACAGUAAAACCGGCACUUUAGGAACCUCUGGAAGAACGUGCAACAGUUCCUCUCCAGGCCUGGACGGGUGUGAGUUGUUAUGCUGUGGGCGUGGGUUCAAGACUCGGAGUGAGGCUGUGACUGAACGUUGCCACUGCACUUUCCAUUGGUGCUGUCAUGUCAGCUGUCUGAACUGCACCAGCACACGAACAUUGCAUCAGUGUCUAUGAUGACAGGCGGACAUCCAGGCAGAUGCUGAAAAUAACAUAAAGCACAACAAAAACGUGUUCAUAAAACAAAAACAAAACAAAAAAAAAGAGAAGGACUUUGACACAAGUGGUUUGAGAUGUUAGGUAGAAGCAGAAAAAGAAGCUUCAAAGCAUGCAGGGAACUUUGUGGCAAAAAAAAAAAUUCAAACAUGAGUGGAGACAAAAAAGCACAACUAUGUGAACAGGGUCACCCAAGACUCUCUAUCCCUUUAGACAAUGUUGCCGAUGUCUAUUUAAGCUUAUAAUUAACACAAAACAGACAACAUUUCUAUCUAUCAACAGCAGAAAAAACAAACAUGGCGGAGGACUUUUUUAACUUUUUGCUAAAAAGACAAAGACACACAUGAGAUUGCAUACUUUGGUGAAGAAUUGUAGGUGAAGCAGAAGUUUAUUAUGAUAAAAAAGCAAUUUCCUUUUUGUCCGCAUUAAUCUACAAGGAGUUGAUUGGUAGAAAUUGACCUGUUCCCAUCUUGUGUCCUCAGUUAUUGUGAUGCCACUCAACCACUUCCAAUAUUCUUGUUAAGCUUUGUUUAUUUUCCUCCAGAGAUAAACAAGCCUUAGACCUUGAUCUGUGGCUCCGAAUUACAGCCUGUUCCCGCUUUUAUAUAACUAAGACGUGACUCACAAAAGAUAAACAGAAACUGAAUAAAUCUCAGUUAGGCAACAAAAUUUGAACAUAAUAUCAAUACACUGUAAAUCAAAGCAUGGGAGUUUGUAGUUGACCAAACAAGAAUCUGAGUUUAAAAAGGCAAAAAAAGAAAUCAGCAGUCAAGGCACCAUGAAACCUGGCAGAAGUCUUUCCGGACUUGAUGUCAAAUGUCACAAAUUAUGGGAAACCUAAAUUUAUGGGUUCAGGAAAAUGUUUCUAAGUUUGACUUAAAGAAACCGACUGGUUAUUAGCUGAGAUAACCAAAAUUCUCUGUUCAAACAGAAAAUAAUCAUUAAAUGUUAUGUGCAUGUUUGCCAAAUAAUAUGUCAAAUCAGGACAUUUUUCUUAAGUCUUAGCUUUUUUCAAAAGUUACUAGAAACAAAAUGUAUUUGCCUGUUCAUUGUUUAAAAACACAGCUGUGUUUGGUCAUGCACUGAAUAUUUUCCUCCUUAUUGAUGUAAAUCCAAAUAUUUAAUUUAUGAAUUUUUAUACUGAAAAAUCGCAAAGGAUGUUUUUAGAUUUUGGUUAAGAGAUUUAGAUUCCUGUUUUUUUAUUGUAUGAUAGAACAAUAAAGUCUAUUUUCAAUUAAA